AUGGCUGACAUCGAAUACAACGCCGAGGAGGCUGCCGAGAUCAAGAAGAGAAGACAGUUCCGCAAGUUUUCCUACCGCGGCAUUGACCUCGACCAGCUCCUUGACCUCUCCUCGGAGCAGCUCCGUGAUGUCGUCCACGCCCGCGCCCGCCGCCGCUUCAACCGUGGCCUGAAGCGCAAGCCCAUGGGUCUGAUCAAGAAGCUCCGCAAGGCCAAGCAGGAGGCCAAGCCCAACGAGAAGCCCGACCUCGUCAAGACGCACCUGCGUGACAUGAUCGUUGUGCCCGAGAUGAUCGGCAGCGUUGUCGGCAUCUACUCCGGCAAGGAGUUCAACCAGGUCGAGAUCAAGCCCGAGAUGGUCGGCCACUACCUGGCUGAGUUCUCCAUCUCCUACAAGCCCGUCAAGCACGGUCGUCCCGGUAUCGGUGCCACCCACUCUUCCCGUUUCAUUCCCCUCAAGUAA